UCGCCAGCUCUUAGUUACCACGCAAGCGUUGUACUGCAAGACCGCUACCUCGUUUUGAUUGGUGGCUGGAAUGGGAAAUCGCGAACGAGCGAUUUGAACAUUUACGAUGGCGCUCAAGAAAAGUGGCUUCCAUGCGAGACUCACGGCUUUCCUAUAGGUUCUGGAUUGAGUUCGCACACAGCCAACUUGCUCUCAAAUGGCAAAAUAUUAGUUGUCGGAAGGGAGGGGUUUCUUAAAACUCAGCGCAGAUUUGCGAGUAUGUUUUUGAUAUCAAGCAAUCCAGAAAGAGGUGAAUUCAUUUACAAG